UACUGCUUCUUUUGAGCAGAAAAAAAAUAUGACAUCUAUUAAUUUGGAAUCCGUUCCAAGUAAUUUAAAUUAAUUACUAAGACAACAGAGUUUACCUCUUGCAGUAAAUAUGAUUUAUUUGGACACAGCCCAUCAACAAAUAAUAUUUCUUUGAAAACAACUGUGAUCAACCUGGUGCAUCAGAACUUACAAGGUUUGAUGGGUAAAGAACUUGAAAUUGAUUUGUUCCUAGAUUAUAAUAAAGUCAAUGUUCUAUGUGUUACUGAACAUUGGCUUAAAAAAUAUGAAUUAAAUUGUAAUUUUAAAAAUCACCAGGUUGUAAGUUCCUUCUGCAGAGAGAAUGCUAUACGAGGUGGCUCACUGAUCAUUGUUAAUAAAGAUUAUAAAUGUAAGGAACGUAGAGACAUUGUGAGCCUCUCUGUGGAACGGAUUAUUGAAAUGGCAUGUGUAGAGCUUGAGCGAUUCAUUGUUGUAAGUGUGUACAGGCCCCCGAAUUCGUUAUAUGAUUUUUUUGAAAAUAUAAUGGAACGUGUUUUAUUAAAGCUUUCUGUUUCUAAUAAACAUGUUUUUAUUUGUGGUGAUUUUAAUAUAAAUUUAUUAGAAAAUACAAAUGCCACUAUUAGACUCAGAACAUUGUUAAAAUCAUAUAACCUUAGCAAUCUAUUUUCAGAGCCCACAAGAAUAACUAGCACAUCGGCAACCUGUAUAGAUAAUAUUUUCACAAAUAUGUUAAUAGUACAAGAAAGCUACCGUUUGUUCCUAUUAAUAUUAGACGUUUGGAGAAGCUUAGAGGUAAAGUUUUGGCAAAAAUUCCGAAUGUUUGUUAUAGUGAAGAUCCUAAUGUUCAUUACAUGGAUUUAUUUAAUGUUAUUAAUUCUGAAUUUAGUGCCAUCUUUACUUCUAAAACUCUGA